AAGAGGGAAUUCAAGCUUGAGACUAUUGCCCAAAAGAAAUAUGGCGGAAGGGACUUCCCCUUCCUAUAAAGGAUCUGUGCCUGUGGGUGUAGUAUUUGGCUGUCACUUUUAGACUCUCUGCUCUGUACAGUCUAGGAGGGCAUAGCCGUCACUGAGCAGGUUAAUAAUGAUCACUGCCAGUAAGUCAGACUCCGUAUCUCAAGAUGGACUGCUGCCUGACUUACCCAACGGGCCACUCAGUGAAUACCGCCGAAAGGCCUCCUUCAAUUGGAAAGACAUGGCCAUGUUUCUGGAAGAUGAAGACAUCAUCGCUUUUAAGAACAAGAUCUUCUCCACCCUAGAGAGUGAUCCACUUUUCUACCGUCAGCCUGGGGUGGACCUACCUUUGGAGAAGUACAGAGAGUUGACAUUUCUACGGUGCAAGAAGAUUUUUGAAUAUAACUUUCUGACUUUUGAGGCAACCAUGGAAAAGCCUCAGAAAAUGCUUGUCCUCAUCAACUGCCUUGGCAUGUACGACUGGUCCCUGUCCACUAAAUAUUUCCUGGACACACAGGUCUUUGGUGUCGCUAUUGGAAAUACAGGUUCUGAGAGGCACGAGGCGAUCCUACAUCAGACACAGACCAUGGAGAUUUUUGGCUGCUUGGCGCUUACAGAGCUCAGUCAUGGCAGCAAUACAAAGGCUAUUCGGACAACGGCAAGGUUUGACGCUUCUACCAAGGAAUUCAUCCUCAACACCCCAGACUUUGAGGCAGCUAAAUUCUGGGUGGGUAACAUGGGUAAAACCGCCACCCACGCUGUUGUGUACGCCCAGCUGUACACUUCGGACGGGCGCUGUCAUGGAUUGCAUUCCUUUGUUGUACAGAUUCGGAACCCCAAAACUCUGCUUCCCAUGUCUGGCGUGAUGGUGGGCGACAUUGGCAGGAAGCUGGGACAAAAUGGCUUAGAUAAUGGAUUUGCAAUGUUUCACAAUGUUCGGAUCCCCUAUGAAAACCUAUUAAACCGCACGGGAGAUAUUUCCUCCAGUGGGAACUACACAAGUGCAUACAAGGACCCAAAGCAGCGUCUUGGCGCUUCUCUCGGCACUCUGUCCAGUGGUAGGGUAUCAAUCAUUAGCAUGGUAGUCACAAACCUGAAGCUUGCCAUUACCAUUGCUAUCCGUUUCUCUGCAACACGCCGUCAGUUUGGGCCAACUGAAAAGGAAGAAAUACCAGUUCUGGAGUACCAGUUACAGCAAUGGAGGUUGAUCCCUUAUCUGGCUGCAGCUUAUGCUUUAGACUACUUCUCCGUGAGCUUCUUUUUUAACUUAAUUGAGCUUCAGAUCGGGAUUCUUAUGAAAGAUCGGAGCCCAAGACAGGCUGAACUUGGCAAAGAAAUCCACGCUUUGUCCUGUGCCGGUAAACCACUGGCCUCAUGGACUGCACAGCAUGGGGCUCAGGAAUGCCGGGAAGCAUGUGGAGGUCAUGGCUUCCUAGCUAUGAAUCGUUUAGGUGACAUCCGCAACGACAAUGAUCCAAACUGCACUUAUGAAGGAGAUAAUAAUGUCCUACUACAACAAACCAGUAACUAUCUGCUGGCCCUCGUCCAGUCUAUACACGAAGAUAACGCCCCCUGUGAAUCUCCUCUGGGCUCCAUACAUUUCCUCAAUGAUUACAAGACCAUUCUGAAACGCAAGUUUACUGCAAGCACCGUCAGGGAGUGCCUGGACUGUGCAGUGGCUCUGGACGCCUACAAAUGGUUAGUCUGCUACCUACUCGGAGAAAGCCACCAUAAACUCCAGCAGGAGAAGCAAAGAGCUGCAAACGAUUUUGAUGCCAGAAAUAAUAGUCAGGUGUACUACUGCCGCUCCUUGGCCUUGGCAUUCAUAGAACACACAGUUCUGCAGAGAUACUACGAUUACACCCAUGACCCAAGUACACCCGGCUCCCUGCAGCCCGUGCUGAAGAAGCUGUGCUGCCUGUAUGGACUGUGGUCCCUAAAUAAGCACAUAGCUGUGCUCUACCAAGGUGGAUACUUUGCUGGUGAACUGCCUGGUAGGAUCGUGCAGGACGCAAUUCUGGACCUGUGUGGCCAGUUGAAAGACGAUGCCGUGUCUCUGGUGGACGCCAUCGCUCCUCCAGACUUCAUCCUGAACUCCCCCAUUGCCAAAGCUGAUGGAGAGCUGUACAAGAACCUGUGGUCCGCAGUCCUACAAGGAGAGAAGGUUUUGGAGCGUCCAUCAUGGUGGCCUGAAUUUUGCUGCAACAAGCCUGUCAUUAGCAAGCCGAGAUCGCAGCUCUGAAGGCACACAUAGGUUUAGGUCCAUACAUGUGACAUCCGUAUAUGUAAUAUAUGCGUAUUGCACAAUUGUCACGUUUUUUCAUCCAUUCCUCAUUUAUAAUUGUCUGUAAAGCAUUGGCUGGUUAAGCAUAAUUUUUCUGAAUAGUGGUAAAGAUGGCAGUGAAAAAAAAAUGCAUGCGGCUCCCGCACAAUUAUUAGUGUACUAUAGCACAACAGGGCUUUGUUUUUUUUCUUAAAAAUAUCAUCUACGUUACCCACUGUAUGGUAAAUGUGUUUCGGACUAGCUUCUACAUACUCUACUGCUCUUCCAGCUUCUAUAGUAUCUAAUAAUCUCCAUCUUUUAUCAUCAUGUUCUUUUCGCUUAUUAAUUGAAUCUCUUUAUAGCGGUAAGAACUUUGUAUUUCUUAUAAGGGGCUCCAAAUUCUCUCCAUAGAUUUGAGACAAAAUGCUAGUCAACAACAGCCACCACUAGAGGCUGCCUAGCAGCAUACUGCACGUUCUUAUCCAGUAUGCAGUAAACUCCUAAGCUCCCUCUAGUGGUGGUAACAGACAAUGGGAAGGUAAUAUUCCAUAUGCCUGUGUAGGGGGAUUUCAAGUCCUGCAUCAGAAAACAAGGCUUUGAAUGCUACAAAGAUAUACUGUACUGAAAUGAAUCGGCACAAAAAUAAAUCUGUGUUCGGGGGGGUAAACGUUCACUUUACGUCUAGAGGAGAGCAAAGUGUUUCGUCUAACUGGGGGGGGGAUGGCAUCUCUAUAUCUCAUGUAUCUGAAUGUCCAAAGGGUAAUGUAUAAUAAACUAAAUUACAUCUGACAAUAGGAGACGAGGGAUGAAUUUUUGUUGCCUUGUUGGGGGAUUUGCUGCAAAGUGAAAGUUACAGAAAAGUGGCAAAAAGGUAC